AUGGGGAAUUUUGGGGCGAAACUGGGGAAUUUUGGCUGGAAAUGGGGAAUUCAGGGUGGAAAUGGGGAAUUUUGGGGAGAUCGCUCGCCCUCGGCCGCGUCGCGGAAGAAAUCCAAGCGAUCCCGCGAGCGCGGCGGAUCCGGCGCCGCCGCUUGGGCCGGCGCCAAAAAAGCGCCGGAGCCGGCGCCGAAAUCCAAGGAGCGUCACCGGCGCCGCGGCUCCAGGUCGAGGUCGCGCCGGCGCUCGUGGUCCAGGCGGUCGCGCUCCAGGGAGAAGCGGCGCCGGCGGCGUUCCGGCAGCUCCGGGCGCUCGCGGCACAAGGAGAAACACCGCGGGGAGAAGAAGAAGAAGAAGCAGCGCUCGAGGUCGAGGGAGCGGCGAGGAUCCCGGCGCGACGGCGAGGGCAAGGCGGCGGAGAAGAGCGAGGCGGCGCGGCGGCGCGAGCCGCGGGCCGUGGUGCCGCCCUCGGUGCAGGAGCUGAACGAUUCGGAUCUUUUCGCCAUCAAAAGGACCAUCACGGUGAACCGGCGCGCCGCCGGCACGCCCGAGCCCAAACGGGAGGUGCUCUACGAUUCCGAAGGGUUGAGCUUCGAGGGCUUCUCCGACCGCGAGCACGCCGAGUUCCCCGGCCGCAAAACCGAGGCCAGGCCGGCGCCGCCGGAGCCCGGCAAGAAGGAGAAGGAGAGGAAACGGAGCCGCCCCGAGGAGAGGCCGGCGGGGUGGGAGAAAUACAAGAAGAAAUUCAAGGAUUACGCCGAGCCCGCCGCGGCCGAGGCCGGGAAGAGCAAGGAGAAGCAGCGGGAGAAAAGCGGGCGGAAAGGGAAAACGGGCGGGGGGCACAAGGAAGGGGCGGAAACGGCGGCGCCGAAAACGCCGGCGGCGGUGCCCAGGAAGGUGAAGCUUCAAUCCAAGGUGUCGGUGCUGAUCCGGGAGGGCGUCAGCUCCACCACCACCCCCGGCAAGGACGGCGGCGCCGGCGGCGGCGCCGGGAUCGGGGUGAAAUUCGCCCGCAACGCCGAGAGCCGCGCGGCGUUCCUGAAAGCCGAGGAGAAGGCGGAAAAAGCCACCCCCAAAAACGACGGGGGGCAAGCUCGCGACGCGGGGGCGAAACCCCGCAAGGCGAAGCCCCCCAAGGUCAAGGGAGGGGUGAAGAAAGUCAAGGUCAAAGCCAAGGGCGAGACGCGCAAGAAGAGGAAGACCAAGGUGAAGAGCGGCGGCGGCGCUUUGAAGAAAUCCAAAGCCGACAGCUGCAGCCAAAGCGCCGGGACCCCUCCUCACCGCCUGCCCCCCAAACCCGACCCCGCCUGGUCUGGCUCGGAAAAAUCCGCCGGGGGCAGCACCCCGAAACCCCCCAGCCCCCCUCGUGCGGCCGCCGGCGCCCCCAAACCCGCGCCGGUGUCGGCGGCGGCGGCGCCGGCCGAGCGCGAGCUGACGCCGGACUCGCAGACGGUGGACAGCAGCUGCAAGACCCCCGACGUGUCCUUCCUGCCCGAGGAGGGGGCCGGGGGACCCCCGCAGGCGGCGGGGACCGAGGGUUCGGGUUCUGGGGACCCCCCCGGAGGGGAGCCCGAGGCCGACAGCCGCUGCGGCGAGGGGAAGGAGGAGGCGCCCAGGGUGGCGGCGGCGGCGGCGCCGGGGGCGGCCGCGGGCUGGAGCCUGCAGGGCGGCGUGGACUGCGCCACCAGCGGCGUGCUGGCAC